AUGUCAUCUUCCCGCAAGCGGUCGGCCCGGGCCGUAUGCUUGGACCAUGGAUUCGGCACGAAUGUCAAGCAGAAAAAGCCCCGGACAAGAUCUGUCUCCCCCAGUCCUCCGCCGUCCGAGGAGGUUUCGCAAUUUCCAUCUUCGCCAGACCACCCUCCAUCAGGCGAUACACCAGAUCAACGUGACGCAUCCGACUCUGUUACACCCGCUUCCACAGCCGCAGAGAGCCUGGUCAGCCAUGGCAUCGAGUUGGACUCUGUCACAUCCUGUACAAGUAGUCAGCCCGCCAAACAGGAGCCCAAUUUGGAAGUAUGCUACGGCACGAUUUAUGGUGUUCAUGUUGCUCCGUUGAAAAGACGGAACCGCUCCACGGAUUCUAACAUAUCCUUCAAUAACCCGGAUAAGCCAUGGAGAGUCCGUUUUCGCUCCGGGGCUGUCAUUCUCAUCAAUGAUGUGCUGGACGAGGUUGCUCACCUCGAUAUGCAUCACUCCCCCAUUCUUACUCGCCUACGCCAGAAAGUGCCCAUGCUCAGAUGUGAUGUUUACACCAUCCAAGACAAAGAUAUCAAGCCACGCAGGCCAAAGAACUCUUCGCAUCAGGUCCUUGAAGGUGUUGUCAACGUGUACGGAGAUGAAUCUCAGGCUGACAUUGUGGCUACUGAACUCGACAAGGACGGCAUAUUCCUACAAGAACCAUCACAUCUAGACAAAGCCAUUCUUUACGUGAAUCCUCAAGUCUACACAGUUGACGAAAACAACACAACCCCUCUAUUUAUGCAGCAAGACCACGACAAGCAAAGGGAUUUCGAGGGCAGAAUCGCUGCCAUCAUCAAUGAGCGCAUCACGUUCGAUCAAGAUCAUGACUUUGUUCAAGACAGGAGGAUUAUAUCAACGCUCAAACCGUAUGUGACCUUUGGCUCCCAUAGUGGUCACGGCUGA